UAAUAAAAUUAAGAAAAUGUCUUCUGUACCCGAUAGCAAUUCUCAAAAUAUUAUUAAUUCCAUACCCUCAAAACAAAGCAAGAAACGGAAGCGUAGAAACAAAAAUAAGAAUAAAAACAAACAGUCUGCCUCGAAGAAAAAGAUUUUCAAGUACAAAUCUGUGAACAAUAGUGCAUUUAAAUUGUCUAAACUAAUGUUUACCAUGUCGUCUUGGGCAGAGCAUUUUACUUUUGCAGCUACUUGGCAAUUGAAACACCAAAUGGCUUACUGGAAAGCGAAAGCAAAGUCUUUAGAAUAUGAAAAUAGUGUUCUACAUGACAUAAUUCGCAAAAAUCAGUAUGUAAAUCGUGGUGAAAACUCGUCUACUACAUGUAAAAUUUCAGGAUCUGUUGUAGACAAAGAAAAUCAUGAAGAUGAAGAAGAGAUUAACGUGAAUGAAAGGCAUAGUCCAAUAAGAGAAGGUAAACUGGGAGAAUGGCAAGAUGCAGGAAGUACUAACUCUCAAACUAUGUUAGUGGACAUGCAAUCAGAAAGUGAGGAGGAAGAAGACAGUUCAGAUGAUAAUCAGGAUUUAGAAGUAAGUGAAGAAUUCAUACAGUUUUUGAUGAUAAAUGCCAAACACAAAGAAGAACUGAGGUUAGAGCGCGAACAACAAAAGACAGAACAAGAACAAGCAGAGUUGGAAGAAAGAGAGGCUCAGCUGAGAGCGCGACGGCACUACGGUUUAUCAGCCCAAGAUCUUUAUGGAGAAAGAUGGCAGAAAACUGCAGCAUUAGAGAUGUCAAUGAAAUGUGAUUAUAUGGCAGAUAUUGACAAAAAUACACCUGCAUUCUGGCCCGUGAUACCAUUUAAUUUUAAUUCACAUUAUUCAUUAUCUAAUCAAAACUUUUAAGUUAAUGGUUACUUGUUGGAUUUAUUACU